AACUCAAAAGGCAAAAUCAAAUAUUUUCUACCUUUACUCUUUCUCUCUCUCCCUCUCUAUAUAAUCCUUUAUGCCCCUAUGGAACAACCAAUCAACCAAAACUCAAAACAAUCAACAAAAACAAACUAGCCAUGUCUGCUUCAGCUUCUACUUCUACUUCUACUUCUUCUUCCUCUACUACUCAGCUCGUCCAAGAUACUCUUCAACAAUUCUACUCAAGUAGAAGAUUGCUGCUGCACACCCCACUUUACCAAUCAUCAACAGCUACGGCUGCAGCGACUCCUCCGGCUAGCAGAAACGCGAGUGAAGCCUAUGGAGCAGCGGCUGCCGGGGGGGACAAUACUUUUGAUGCAAAUGUUGUGAUGGUCCUUUCAGUCCUCUUGUGUGCACUAAUAUGCUCACUGGGAUUGAAUUCUAUCAUUAGGUGUGCAUUAAAGUGCUCGAGUAUAGUAGUAGCCUCAUCAUCAGAGUCUGGAGGAGGAGUCAACCCAUCAUCAGCUUGCAGGCUAGCCAACACUGGAAUCAAGAAAAAGGCACUGAAGACUUUCCCAACACUGAACUACUCAGCAGAGUUGAAGAAUAAACAAGUGCCAGGGGGGUUGGUAUUGGACACUGAAUGUGUUAUAUGUCUAUCAGAGUUCACGAGCGGUGAGCGAGUAAGAGUCCUGCCGAAGUGCCACCACGGUUUCCAUGUCCACUGCAUCGACAAGUGGCUCAAUUCACACUCCUCAUGCCCUACCUGCAGGCACUGCCUCAUUGACACAUGCCAAAACAUUGCCUGCUGCACCCAGCCACCUCUGCCGCCUACGCCUAUGCCUACCUCAUCAUCUGCAGCUCCUCCUCCUCCUCCUCCUCCUCCUCCUCCGCCGCCGCCACAGGAAACAAUCAUAAAUAUUGCACCUCUUGAACCAGAAGGUUUGAUUUGUAAUUACCGGGGAAUUAGUUAAUCAUUUAUUUUCUUUUUCUUAAUUGUAUGAUUGAUGCUGCUGCUUGGGUUGACCUCUUGUUUAUCUGUACUCUUCUUCUUCAUCUGGGUUGGGGGUUUCCUGGAGAAGAAAUUUAAUUUUAGUACUACUGGGGAAUUGAUGGUAUAAUUGUACAUAACUUUCAAUUGUUUUGUAGCUGUUUGCAUUAUUGUUUUCCUAUUUCCAUUAAUUCCAUGAAAUUGUGGUGCAUUCACUCAA